CUGUCUUUUUAUAUACCCAGUUUGUCUGCAUGCUGACAUCGCACUUCUUUACAAGUUAAUUUCUUCUCUUCUAUCAUUAAAAAGCUUGACAUUGUUUUUCUUAAUAUGUUUUUUGUUCUUUGUUCAGCUAAUACAUCUGCUUCCACCAUAGCCGCCAACAUUAAUUCCAUUCCUAUGCUGAAUGAAACCAACUCCAGGGAUUUGAAAGAGAAUGCAAUGAUUGUUCUCGGCUGCAUGGAUCCAGACCUUGUGCCAAGGAUUGAACAACCCACUGCUCUUACGGACAGAAGUUCCAAAGCCUUUAGAGGCUCUGUGUCUGAAAAGGUUACAACUGCCAAGAAGUUCCUUGAGGCAAUUGAAAAACAUUUUGCAGAAAACAAUAGGAAGGGCUGGAACAAGAAUAUACGCUUAAAACCUUAA